ACGCUCUUUAAUGGAACUUUAGCUUUAACAGGUCGUGACCAAGAAACUACCGGUUUCGCUUGGUGGGCCGGAAAUGCCCGACUUAUCAAUUUAUCCGGUAAACUACUGGGAGCUCAUGUAGCCCAUGCCGGAUUAAUAGUAUUCUGGGCCGGAGCAAUGAACCUAUUUGAAGUGGCUCAUUUCGUACCCGAGAAGCCCAUGUAUGAGCAAGGCUUAAUUUUACUUCCCCAUCUAGCAACUCUAGGUUGGGGGGUAGGUCCUGGGGGGGAGGUUAUAGACACCUUUCCAUACUUUGUGUCCGGAGUACUUCACUUAAUUUCCUCUGCAGUAUUGGGCUUUGGUGGUAUUUAUCAUGCACUUCUGGGACCUGAGACUCUUGAAGAAUCUUUUCCAUUCUUCGGUUAUGUAUGGAAAGAUAGAAAUAAAAUGACUACAAUUUUAGGUAUUCACUUAAUCUUGUUAGGCAUAGGUGCUUUUCUUCUAGUAUUCAAGGCUCUUUAUUUUGGGGGUAUAUAUGAUACCUGGGCUCCGGGAGGGGGGGAUGUAAGAAAAAUUACCAACUUGACCCUUAGUCCAAGUAUUAUAUUUGGUUAUUUACUAAAAUCACCUUUUGGAGGAGAGGGAUGGAUUGUUAGUGUGGACGAUUUGGAAGAUAUAAUUGGGGGGCAUGUAUGGUUGGGUUCGAUUUGUAUACUUGGUGGAAUUUGGCAUAUUUUAACCAAACCUUUUGCGUGGGCUCGGCGUGCACUUGUAUGGUCCGGAGAAGCUUAUUUGUCUUAUAGUUUAGGUGCUUUAUCUGUUUUUGGCUUUAUUGCUUGUUGCUUUGUCUGGUUUAAUAAUACCGCUUAUCCGAGUGAAUUUUACGGGCCCACUGGUCCAGAAGCUUCUCAAGCUCAAGCAUUUACUUUUCUAGUUAGAGACCAACGUCUUGGGGCUAAUGUAGGAUCCGCUCAGGGACCUACCGGUUUAGGUAAAUAUUUAAUGCGUUCCCCGACCGGAGAAGUAAUUUUUGGGGGAGAAACUAUGCGUUUUUGGGAUCUACGUGCUCCCUGGUUAGAACCUCUAAGAGGUCCCAAUGGUUUGGACUUGAGUAGACUUAAAAAAGACAUACAGCCUUGGCAAGAACGUCGUUCCGCGGAAUAUAUGACUCAUGCUCCUUUAGGUUCUUUAAAUUCUGGACGGAGGUUCAAUUGGUCAGAGCACCGCCCUGUCAAGGCGGAAGCUGCGGGUUCGAGCCCCAUGAAAAAAUUGCUGGAUAUCAUGUUCUAUCAUGGUGGGACGUUUAAGAAGAAUGAUGAUGGAAUAUUGGAGUUGGGGUACGACAAGGUAGUUGAAUGCUGGUGGCUGGUUCGCGGCAGGAGCUUGGAAGUGGGACUGAGAGCUCUGACCAGUGAUGAUGAACUAAGGGAGAUGUGCUUCCAUGCAAAGAAGAAUGAUGGAGUAGUUGAUGUUUAUUUUGAACAUGGAAUUUCCACACCUGAACUGCUGGAGGGGAAAAGAACUGUGAUGUUACUUGAUUAUGAAGCAUAA